GCAGUGGAGGGGCCAGGAGGAGGCGGUGGGGGCAGAGCGAGCCCUGUGGGAGGGUCCCCUCCCCAGAGGGUAAGCCAGGUGUCACAGGGGUAAGGGAAGACACUUAAGCCCGGGCGACCGGGGAGAGCAACAGGAAAGGAGGGGGAGGGGCAGAGAGGUGGGGCGAAGAAGGGUCGGCAGCGAGGGCAGCGGUGUUGAGAGGAGGGGGAGAAAGGGUGGGGGGGUCGGAAGAGUCAAGGUGGGUGGAGGAGAGAGGACAGAGCCGAGGGUUAGGGCCGGGGAGGUAGAGGCUAGGUGGCCACUGAGGCCGGAGGGGGAGAGAAAGACAGGCAGAGGGGACGGGAAGACAGAGAGGGGGAGCCACAGGGGCUGAGAAAGGAGGGCAGCCCGUCUGAGGGUGCGGGGCCGCAGGGCAGGGCCACAGGCGGAGGAUGGCCGCGCGGGGAGCCCGGGAGGAGCGCCGGCCGCUGGUGGCGCGCAGGCCGCGGGCGCCCCGACGGUGGCGGCGGACCGCGGCGGCCGCGGUGCUGCUGGUGGAGACGCUGGAGCGCGCCGCCUUCUUCGGCGUCUCGGCCAACUUGGUGCUCUACCUCAACGGCGCCAGCUUCAACUGGGACGGCCAGCAGGCGUCCCGCGCCGCGCUCGUCUUCCUGGGCGCGUCCUACCUGCUGGCGCCGGUGGGUGGCUGGCUGGCCGACGCGUACCUGGGCCGCUCGCGCGCCAUCACGCUCAGCCUGCUGCUCUACCUGGUCGCCUCCAGCCUGCUGCCCGCCACCGCCUUCGUCGACGGCCGCCGCUCCUUCUGCGGGGAGAUGACCGAGUCGCCGCUGGCGCCCGCCUGCCCGUCGCCCGACUGCACGAGCAUCUCGCCCACCCCGUACUGCGCGCCCACCCUCUACUCCGGGCUGCUGCUGCUCGCCCUCGCCGCCAGCUCCAUCAGGAGCAACCUCACCUCCUUCGGGGCGGACCAGGUGAUGGAUCUUGGUCGCCAUGCCAGCCGUCGCUUCUUCAACUGGCUUUAUUGGAGUAUCAACGUGGGUGCUGUGCUCUCGCUGCUGGUGGUGGCUUUUAUCCAACAGAACAUCAACUUCCUGCUGGGCUACAGCAUCCCCGUGGGCUGCGUGGGCCUGGCCUUCUUCAUCUUCCUCUUUGCCACCCCCAUCUUCGUCACCAAGCCCCCCACAGGCAGCCAAGUGUCCUCUAUGGUUAAACUCGCUCUCCAAAGCUGCUGUCCCCGGCUGUGGCAACAACACUCUGUCAGAGACCCUCAAAGCACCCAGCCGCUGCCUAACCAGAGGUCUCCCCAGCCUGGCCCUUCCCCCCAAGAGGACAUGGCCAACUUUCAGGUGCUGGUGAAGCUCUUGCCGGUCAUGGUGACCCUGGUGCCUUACUGGAUGGUGUAUUUCCAGAUGCAGUCCACAUACGUCCUGCAGGGUCUUCACCUCCGCAUCCCGAACAUUUUCCCAGACAACCCUGCCAACAGCUCCGCGGCUCUGCGAGCUCAGCCCAGCGGCUACAAGACCCCAGAAGCCUGGCUCCUCCUGGCCAACGUCGUGGUGGUGCUCAUCCUGGUGCCCGUGAAGGACCACUUGCUGGACCCUUUACUGCUGCGAUGUAAGCUGCUUCCCUCUGCCCUGCAGAAGAUGGCCCUGGGGAUGUUCUUCGGCUUUGCCUCUGUCCUUGUGGCAGGAGGCCUGGAGAUGGAGCGCUUACAGUAUGUCCAUCACAACCAGACGGUGUCCCAGCAGAUCGGGAAGGAUGUGUACUACGCAGCUCCGCUGUCCAUCUGGUGGCAGAUCCCUCAGUACCUGCUCAUCGGGAUCAGUGAGAUUUUUGCCAGUAUCCCAGGCCUGGAGUUUGCGUACUCGGAGGCUCCGCGUUCCAUGCAGGGAGCCAUCAUGGGUAUCUUCUUCUGCCUGUCGGGAGUGGGCUCGCUGUUGGGCUCCAGCCUUGUGGCCCUGCUGUCCCUGCCCGGGGGCUGGCUCUAUUGCCCUAAGGACUUUGGGAACAUCAACAAUUGCCGGAUGGACCUGUACUUCUUCCUGCUGGCUGGCAUCCAGGCUGCCACGGCCCUCCUGUUUAUGUGGAUCGCCGGCCGCUACGAGAGGGUAGCUCAGGCCCCAAUUUCCCAAAGCUGUCCCAGCAGGGACAGGGGCUGAACACCCUCCCUGCCCUUCUCUCCCCAGGACACAGACAGUCCAGGACCAGUGGAGGUUCCUUGAGUUUAUUCUGUACCCAAUGUUAGGAUGAAAUGGUUCAUAAAUAAGGGGCAUAAGCCCUUCCUCACGA